CCUGAUCGCCCAAUACGUAAAGUACACCCAAACGUUUGCGACCCACAGACACAGACACAGUACAUCAUCACCCGCACUCUCACUCUCACACGAAUACAUGGACACGUUCGAAUUCAUUCAUAUGUCCAAAAGUCACUUCAAACACACCUACAAAAACCUGACGCAAACGACGAAUCCCUACAUGUAAUGAAUGUACCCAACAGCAGGCGGCAGCAGGCAGGCAGGCAGGCAGGCAGGGAGAUAUAUAUGCCGCCAGCUAUUCAUUUUUUGUGAAUGAACACCAUCACGACCCGCACGAUGAUGCCCACCAUCAUGGCAAUGAGCACGGAGUAGGCAGGAAUGGUCAGGCGCAGAAGCACGCUCACCUUGGCUGACUUGCGAUACGUCGCUGCAUACCUGCCACAUCAAUUAACACAUUGACCCAUUCCUUUCAUGGUGUGUCCGGUGCGCAUGUGGCCGGCUUACGCGUGUCUGAGUAUCACCCAGGCGGAGCCCAGAAGCGCACCCCAUAGAGGGGAGACCAUGAUGGAAAACAUCCACAUCAGUGCUGCGUGUACACAUACACAUGCAGCGGCAAAGAUGGCCUGGAAGGGCCUCCCGUGUGUGUCUGUGUGUGUGGGCCGCGGCACUUACUGAGGAAGAUGGGCAUCUGCUCCACCUGGUUCAUCUGGGCCCUCACGGCCCUCUCAAACUCAUCGUUGCCAGUCAUGAUCGGGAACCUGAUCUGGUGCUUUCGCCUCAGGAAGCCCACACCUACACAAUCAAAUCAAAUCAACGCAAUGCAACCAAACAGACAGACAGACAGUGACACACGCUCACCGAGCACAUCGAUGAGUUGAUAUCGGACGAUCCAUAUAAUCGUCACUGCAGUGGGCGCCGCAUACGCCUUGAUCAGCUCCUCGCCCAGAACCACCUCAGCCAUCGGUGUCACAACCACAGUGACUGCUGCUGCUGCUGCUGAACACCUAGAGAGCCUCGAGAGCAGUUGUGCACUUGCAAACGUCUUGCGCGUGCCUUGUUCGUCACACUUCCUUGCAGGAUCUGGCCAAACACCUCCC